AUGCGUAACGUACUUAAAAACAGAGCUAGCCUUGCCGUAACUGUCUUUUCUGUGUUGCAUUGCAGAGAUGGUGAGCUGAGUUUGAGUCGAUCAAUGAUCAAUAGCUCUGAUAAAACAAUCCGAAAGGGUGGUUCCGCUAUCUUCCAGCAUUCUGUAGAAGGUUGGAAAAUCAAUUCUACUUUGGUACUGGAGAUAAGAAAGAGUAUUCUUCGAUUCUUGGAUGCGGAAAGAGAUGUCUCAGUGGUCAAAAGCAGCUUCAAGCCAGGAGAUGUAAUCCAUUAUGUACUAGACAGACGUCGCACCCUAAAUAUUUCUCAGGAUUUGCACAGCCUUCUCCCUGAGGUUUCCCCGAUGAAGAAUCGCCGAUUUAAAACCUGUGCUGUAGUUGGGAAUUCUGGCAUCCUUCUGGACAGCGGGUGUGGAAAAGAGAUUGAUACCCAUGACUUUGUUAUAAGGUGCAAUCUAGCUCCCGUGGUGGAGUUUGCUGCAGAUGUGGGAAAUAAAUCUGAUUUUAUUACCAUGAACCCAUCAGUUGUACAAAGAGCAUUUGGAGGCUUUCGGAAUGAGAGUGACAGAGAAAAAUUUGUGCGUAGACUAUCCAUGCUGAAUGACAGUGUCCUUUGGAUCCCUGCUUUCAUGGUCAAAGGCGGAGAGAAGCAUGUGGAGUGGGUUAAUGCAUUAAUCCUUAAGAAUAAAUUGAAAGUGCGAACCGCCUAUCCAUCACUGAGACUUAUUCAUGCUGUCAGAGGCUACUGGCUGACAAACAAGGUCCACAUCAAACGACCCAGCACUGGUCUCCUCAUGUACACGCUUGCCACCAGAUUUUGUGAUGAAAUUCACCUGUAUGGAUUUUGGCCAUUCCCAAAGGAUUUACAUGGAAAACCAGUCAAAUAUCAUUAUUACGAUGAUCUGAAGUAUCGGUACUUUUCUAAUGCCAGCCCUCACAGGAUGCCAUUAGAGUUUAAAACAUUAUAUGUAUUACAUAACAGAGGAGCACUUAAGUUAACAACAGGGAAAUGUGUACAGCAAUAAAGCACAUGUAAAGUACAGAAAGAAGUACAGAAUAUGCUCUUCAUCAUAAAGAUGCUGUGGAAUGGCAGUGGGAUCCCGACGAGGAUAUGCUUCAAUACCCUUUCAGCCAUUGGAAAAAGGAAUUUUAUCAAAAUUACAUAACCAGCUAUUAUACCUGCAAAGUGCUAUAAAACUAAGCUAUUUUGAGUGCAAGGGUUCAAGUAAGUGCCACUUUCACUAAGAACAAAGUUUGAAUGUAUACUCAGUAGUGUUUACAGUAUCCAGUGAUACAUUCAUCAUGAAUUAAAGAAGAAAAAUAUAGCCUGCUUACUGCUGAAUUGACACUGUGGUCAGAGAGAAGACAUCACCUGGGGACAACAUAUUUUCUUCUGCAAAGAAACUAGGCUUUGGCAGAAAAAAAAUACAUAUAUCAUGAUGAAAUUGAGUAGAGAAAGUGAAAUCCAUAAAGUCAAACAAGUAAAUGCAUUCAGUCAGGGGACUGUUUCUGAUCUUGUAUUAUAACCUGAGCUUUUGUUGCUGUUUUUCUUAUGGCUGUUGGUUGGGUUUUGUUGCUUUUGAGUAAUUGAAUCCUUAAAGGAUUUUGAGGAUGUAAUGAGUAAUUAAAAGUAAAUAUUUUAUGGAAUUGUCUUAGGAAAAAAAAACCUACAAAAAAUAAACACAAAAAAAAGUAAGGGUAGGAGGGUGGAGGGAAACAUAAAAUACUUCGUCAGUUGUUAUUGUGUUGUAGCCUAUUGUCACACAACUCUUAACCUCCCAAUUGUUUUUCUAGCUACAGCUGUCAAUACGUGGAAGCACUCAGAGAUAGGUCAUUUGAGCCACUUUUUAAGAGUGUUUCUGUUGUGUUCAGAUUUGAAAACAUUUACAAAAAGGUGCCCUUAUUUUUGGUACCAAAGAUUACUCUUACAGUGUAUAAACCUUUUUCCUUGAAGAAAUAGAGUAGAUUUCUUUGUUGCUGAGGAGAACGUGUUUAAAUUUUUGAACUAAGCAUCUCAAAAGUGAAGACUUUACUUUGCCUAUAUAAUUUCAUUCUUCAGAAAAAUCUGCAAGAGUAAAGAAAUUGUUUCAUACAUUCAAAUAUGUAUGUGAUUUUUAUUCCUAAUUGAAUGAAAAACACAAAGUCUAAAGAAACUCAGGUGACACAGUGGAAUAUGGUUAAAGAGGAGGACGUCCAAUUAAAUGGAAAAUAAAUGAACUGCAGAUGAAAGAGUUCUUUUAAAGCUUACAUUUCUAAUGGUGUUGGAUGAUAACCCCAUCUAAUAUACCUCUUUUCUAUCAACUUGAUGUUCUGAUGGGUAAUUCUCUGAAAUAACACAGAGCUGCAUUAUUUUACAUUGACUUUUACAUUGACCAUCAACUUUGUUUAUCCAUGAAAUUAAGAAUUCUUUCCCUCUUUUCUUUCAGAAAUGAAGAGGAUAUAGGAGGGCAUGGGAGGGUCACUACAACAUAUAAUAAUAUACAGUACAUGUGUACAUACAGUAUGUUUUAGCUCUUCAGGAGCAGGUGAAGUAAAAACACUGUGGUUUCACUCUUUUCAUGUAAGGCUAGACUAAGGAGAUGGCAUGCAGAUACCAGGAGUAUUUUCUUGUAAUGUUUUCAGCUCUAGGUUAGAUUUUCAUCUCCAGUGAUGUUUAGUUUAUCUAUCCUAGUUUGAGCAAUAUGUAGCAUGGCACUAACAAAUAUUACUAGUUAAAAACAUCACUUGUUAAUUACUUUUCUUUUAUGUAUUCACAUGUAUUUCAUCACACAUGGCUAGAGGUCUCUGAUAGUUUAGUAGGUUAAAUCACUGCCUUUCAGACAAUUUUGCUAAAAGUUGAUGGGAAACAGAAAUUACUUUACUUUAUCUAGGACACAAUAGCAUCUUUACUUAUUCAUCGGGACAGUUUACUUCAGCUAUAUACAGAGGUCUGGGAUAAGAUCCUAAUGUGAGCACCACUGAAACAAAGGCAUGACUAGGAACUAAGUAGCAACACAGAGUAGAAUGUUUAACUUGACAUUGAUCAGCCACAGAAUGUUCUGUGUACCCUGUGAAAACUUGUAGUUUAGGACAAGAUAUUUCCUUGAUAGAAAGUGGGCAUAUUAAUAUUGUUUCCCAACAGCUAGUGUCAAGUUUUUAAAAUGCUUUUUGUACACAUUGAUUGACUUUCCCUUGGUGAAUUCACAGAUGCCAGUCUCACAGAAGCUCAGAAGAGCAUCUUAGUGAGCUUUGUCUGUUCCUCUGGGAAUGUUUUUUAUUCAAAGUGGUGUCAGGCUAUCAACAAAAAGAGAAUUCAAGUAAACUAAAAUACAAACCGUGCUGCAAGCUGUCCAUUUUCAAUUAGUUUGUGACAGUGGGUUACCAAUUGCUCCAGGUUGACCUGAGUUGCAGUGUGCCCUGCAGUUUUCCUGGUAGGUUUAAUGGCCUUGGUUGUUAGCCCUGUUACUGCUAGGGAGCCAUAGCAGUAGACUCUGCAAACAUCCUUUCUCACCUUUCCUUUAGACCUGUCUCUGUAUUGCUAUGGGAUCUUCAUACAUGUCUCUCCCGGUAUGUCACGUCCCAGUCAUCUGUAUGACUUUUUCCUUACAGUUGACCUAGUGCAGAAGCAAAGGUACCCCAGAUGCUUAGCAGCUGCAUAGGGACUUUACAGUGGAAUACAUUUCACCUACUGAUCCUUCUCAGUGCAGCAGUGAACAGCUCAAACCUCCGUAGAUGCCUGGGAUCAUUUCUGUUUUUCGAUAAAUAUUCAUACUUCCUGUGUUGCCUAUCAGGUAACAGGCUUUAUUAAAAUUACUACUUUUAUCAUCCAACACUAUCCACAACAAAUAUGAAGUAGGUAGGAUAAGAGGAAAGAUA